GGCAACGGUCGUAUCAUUGUGUGACCACCAUAGUUCUUGAACUGUUUGUUCUUCACAGCAACGUACCACUCCCUUCUUUUAUCCCCACUCAUUACAGGUCGUUUGGUAGACUCGCUCUGUAUGCGACUGGCUGGCCCAAACAUUCUUUCACUACCUGCAACCUAUCCCGCUCGUCCCUUCACAUCAACAUAUUAGCCAAAUUCUUUCAACAUGUCAGGACCAGCUUGGAAGAGGGAGAUUGUCCCUGACCACAAGUUUGACUUCAUUGACACACGGGAUUUUACCGACAAUGGAUUUGGUAUGCGUAUGAAAUACCUCUGGCUGUACAUUAUCAUCUUGAAAUCAUUUCUUGUCUACAUAUCCGAUAUCUUUUCCGCCACCACCAUGCUCACCACAUCAUCGUGGUCCAACCAAAUCUUUGACGAGUGUCAAACUUUAAAUGGUUGCUUCUAUAUCCCAUUUAAUAUAGGGAAAUGGUUAUUCGUGGGCUGUAUCAUUUUCGGUUUUCUUCUGCUUGCCUAUGAAGCCCGGAAAUCCAAAAAGAUCAUUGCUAGCCGCGACAUUUCGUACGCAUUCACCAAUGUCAUGGCCAAUAACUACUACUCUCUCCGAUCAUAUGAUCAUUUUUGUUUCUUUGACCAUAUCAGCAAUUCUACCAAGAAGAAGGAUGACUUUGCCUUUUUCAUCUUCUUUACCUUCAAAAGUUGGAAACGUCUAUUACUGUCUGAUGGCCCUCGCCAGACGAUUAACGCCUUGACAUUGUACAGUAUAUACCUAGCGAAAAGAGACGAUGGCUCUUGGUACGAUGUUUCCAAGUAUUUCGCCGGCAACACUCUAUCUACCUCUGCGUUGACCGUGACCACGUUCUUCACCUUUGUCAUCUUCGCCGGUUCUCUCCUUCUUCUCAUUGUCGCAGGCAUCUUCUACAUUCCCUUGUUAUGCUAUAUCCAAGGAAAUCUCAAAGAAUAUGUAUGUCACAAAGUCGAUAAGCGCAUAGCCGAGGUUAUCAAACGCAGGAAUAAGGAGCGACUAGUCAAGGCAGCAGCUCUCGCGAAGAAGGAAGCCAUGGGCGACUACUCGCACUUGAAAAACAAGAAGGGCGAGUUGAUCGCUCAGCCAUUGCCUCAACCUACCUUGCCCAAUCUCUCCGUAGAUGACGAUGCAGACGAUGCAUCGUCAUUGCGCCGCGAACCUUCCAACGCGAUGAAUAAAGAGUACUACUACAGCUCAGAUAACAAGAGCCUGGCGCCAAGUUACCACACACAUGCCGGUAACACGGAUUAUUCUCUCGAUUACCCCCCCAUGCCCGCGUAUAAUCAGGGUUAUUCGUCACAUCAAGCACCUGGGGCAUACGCACAAUAUAACUCCUCUAUGCCUACGUUCGACGAGGAUCCACAGCUGUAUGACGAUGACUACAGCAGCACCAUGCAUCUACCUACCGCAGCGGCCCCUAUUGCUUCUCAGAGGACUGAUAUACCGCUACAAAACCCAUACGGAAAUUCAGAUUACUACGGCGAUGCACAUGAUGUAUAUCAAGGGAGAGGAGUGCCUGGCGGUGAUUACAGACAGCCUGCACCGUAUACGACAGGAAUCCGACCGCCCAGUGAUGGUGAAAGGAGAGAUUAUGCAGAUGCACAUGACUACUCGCAUCAGAACUAUUCUGGCUACCCCGCUGCCGCCUACGGGGAAGGUCACGCUUACCAAGGACAAGCAGAACAUAACAUGGCCGGGGCUGGCUAUGGACAUGAUGCCAACUACGGGCACGAUGUUAACUAUGGGCACGACGCUAGUUACGGACAUGCCGUAUAGGACACCGACGUUUCACACUACUUUUCUUAUGGGACAGGGAGUUCUUAAAUCAUGUACGGAAACGCAAUCAUUUUUGGGGCUCAGGCAGGCCCGAGAUCGACUCCUCAUCGCGCAUAUCGUCGACAAUGCAUAAACUACUGAAUGCCACAUCGGCAAGGCGGUUCAUACCAAGCCUAUGUUGUUACGUAGUUCCCAUAGUCCGUGUACCAUAUUGUAGCCUACAAUCGAGGUUUUCAGAUGCAGUCAGAUCGUAGAAACGCACUUUUAUUUUUCUGUAGGGUACACUCUUGCUCGUAAUCUCCCAGACAUUUGUUU